CGUCAAAUAAAACUUGCCACAAAGCCCCGCGACUUGUCAAUUCAAAGUCAGAUACGAUGGGAUGAGAACGCUUUCUCACUAACACACGGACUUACCAUUACUUACAAGUUCCCGGAUCUCAUAAUUCACAAGGAUGUAUACAGAAUCGGGAGAACUUCAUUUCCGUGAUCCCUUCACUGAAGACCAGACGGUCCCAACGUACCAGCAAACCCUUGAAGUUGCCGGCAUCCCUUAUCUGGUCACAUUUGAUGACAUGCCAUCAAGAUUAAAGCCAGGAUCCGCCAGCACCUCUGAAGAAGUGUUAUCCUGGCUGAGCCAAGAAUCCUUGGAGAUGUAUUCGGACACACCGGAAAAACAUCAUUCCCCACUUGGAAAACAUGCCUGCUCCAUGGAUCAAGACCUCUUUUCUGAGGGUUCUUCCUUCAAUAGUCUCUCACAAGCUUCAUCUCAAGGUGACUCGUCCGAUAUGUAUUCUGCCUCACAGUCCGUUCUCAAUGGGUCUCCCGUCUACACCGAUCUUAGUGCCAUGUCACUAUCGUCCAGUUUGCCAUAUGGUCAACGAUCUCCAUCUGACCACCUCGAUGCCUUCGGUUCCUCCCCGAUGAUCGGUUCCUAUCCCUACCAGGACCACGCCCCUACUCCUUCCUCCCUUCCUGUCUCACCGCCCAGCUACAAGGAGACCAUUGCACACCGCCGCCUGACGUCACGUGGACCAGGGUACUCCACAACGUUGGAUGACGUCUUCAAGGCCAUUGCCCAUUUGGAAGAUGAAGAAGCUAAGGGUCGGGGAUCGCCAAUAUCCUAUGACUGUGUUCCCCAGACGAGCCACCCCAACCACGCCCACACGAGCAGCAGCCCCGCCCCUAGUCCCACCCUGAGUCGCUGCACCCCCAGUCCACAGGUGCCAGCGCCCCCAAAAGCAAAACCUUCAGUAUUUGACCCAGAAGAUCUGCGGAAGAAGGCAAAGGGCGUUCUUGAGUUGACGGGCCAGGUUCAGCUGUGGCAGUUCUUGCUGGAGUUGCUGACAGACAGCAACAACGACUCGUUCAUCCGGUGGGAGGGAGAAGAUGGAGAGUUCAGAAUGGUUGACCACGAUGAAGUUGCCAGACGUUGGGGGAAGCGGAAAAAUAAGAACACUAUGACUUAUGAUAAACUCAGUCGGGCAAUGCGUUUCUACUACGACAAGAAAAUUCUGACCAAAGUUCACGGGAGACGAUACACUUAUAAGUUUCACUUCGAUAUCAUCAUGAAGACUCAGAGAGGGUGCGUCAACUCCGUCCCAACCAAGGAUACUCAAAAACUGUUAGCAAUGGCCAACUUCUUUGUACCUUCUCCAUGUGAUUCUGAGAGGAGCUAUUCUGCCCCUUCACCGGUUGACCCGGAAGUGCUGCCAUCUUCAUUCGGAUCUCAGCCCCCAACGCCUCCUGAGUACAGAAACGAGGGGUACAGUCAUGACGCCAUGUUUCAAAGGCAUGACGUCACCAGAGAAUUGAAUGACGUCACGGCACAAUUACAUGACGUCACAUCAUGGACCGACAGCCCACCAUCACUUCCUCAGUAUUCGUGUCAGCCCGACCCAACUCAAAGCCAAUAUUGCUCAAACAUGUCUUCAUAUCAGAACGGAAAUUGGUACGACACUACAAACUUUAACGGGUAUUGAAGUCGUAGCGGUGCUAUGCUGACGUUCUAUUCACGAAACUCAUUCUAUUUGUGUUCAAGCGACGAUUCAGAGGGAUGUGAUCCAAGGGACAGUUACGGUAACAUCGCAGUAGACCCUAUUCGCACCUUGAACCAUAUGCAUGGGUUUAUUUGUGAUGGUCAAGGGGACCAAUCAUUAUAUGAACAUUUAAAACGUGAAUUACGAAUAGUUUUAUAUUUUUCUCAUGAAAAUAUUUAUUUACAUCUCUUGAGAGCCGAUAUUUCACGUCUUUCUUAAAAAUUAGUCUUAUCAAGCUAUGCAGUUCGUAUUAUAUAACUAGCGAUAAAGCAGAUAUCCUAUUGUUAAAGUAUAGUGCUAAAUCGUGCUAUUUUACAGAAAAGUUCCAUGUAUUGCUGAAUACUGUUAUUAUUAUGCAGCAUAUUGAUAUAUAAAAUCUUCGUUACUUGUUUGUAUAUACUGUUUGCAUUUGUAAGAUAUUUGCACAGGCGGGCCUGUGGAAAGUUGUGAUAUUUUGUUAUAUUUUUAUAUAUCUUUUGCUUGUAACAAAUUCAUGUGAAUGAGUGUUCAGGAAUCAUUCAUAACCAUAUUCUCCCUAUCACAUUCCGCUAAAUUCUUGACGGGCUAAAAUUUAACAUAAUAUAACCAUUUUCUUUUCAGAUCGAAUUCGUAAAAUGGAGCUUUAGAUUUUCUUUAAUUUAUUAAACUGAAAUUACAAAAUAGAAUCACCUCGUAAAUCAAAAACGGUAAAUAUUCAAUGAAUAUAUUAUUUUUAUUAUUUUCUUUCUUUGGAUUUUACCAUUUAAUAUUUCAAUAAAGCAGUAACGUAUUAAAUCAUUUUUUAUCUAUUGGUUAUUAUAACUACAUGAAAUAUAUUUGCAACAAACUUAGGUUUACUUGAGAAAAAGGUUUAGAAAACCAAGGGUAAUAUUUAUUGCAAUGCUUGACUCAUUUGACAUGUUUUAUAUGUUUCAAGAUGGCGCUGGUUUUCGCCAUUAAAUCAGUUUCACAUAUGAUCUCAUCCCUAAUUUUCUCUUCAGUGGAAAAAUAGUUUAUGAAGUACAUGUGUAUGUAGUUUAAAACCCUUCCCAGUUUAUUCAACGCUUGUUGAACCCCCACCCCCGAAAUGCGUGGAGGCAAAUGGAAAUAUCACGUGAAUCCCACUCCCAGCAAAUAAUUACAAAACGUUUUAUUUACAUUUGUAAUAAAACUGAACAAACAUAAGGAAAUGCAAAUUACAAAUGUCAUAACUGGAAUUGUUUUAAUCAGACUCUAAAUUUUAAUUAGAUUGUAACUUUACAUUUACGUCUUAAAUUAACCACGAUCUUUCUUUACUAAAUGUAUACUGUAGUUUUGAAUUAAAUAAAAAGAAAAGCAUGUAUCAAGUUCAAGAAUGACUGCUUGAAGUCAUGGUCUUACCUUUUUGAUAUGGUAAUAAUAUUUAUUUUCCACUUUCCGUGAACACUUUCCCAUGUUCUUUUGUCUGUUCACCCACUGUCAACCAUCGUCAUUGUGUGAGUGUGACUGCGUUUGCUAUGUUGUGUCCAGCGAGAAUGAACAAUCGUUACAGCCAUUGUAUAUAUGUAUACUUGAAUAUGAAAUAUAUUUUAUAAAUAAACAUAUUUUAAAUUUA